AGUAUGAGAAGAAUGGAGCUCGGAAUAACUUCGUCGACCAGGUGUUUGGUGGGGAGAUGACCAGCACGGUCAUGUGUCAGCAAUGCAAGACGGUUUCUUUGGUCAAGGAAAUGUUUCUGGAUCUGUCCCUUCCUGUCUCAGACCAGGCCUACAGGAAGAAGAGUCAGAAGAAAGGAGCGGGGAACCAGAAGGCCAGCACUGAGGUGAAAUAUAAUAACGGAGACAGCCCUAGCCCUGUCUCCAUGACCAACGGUGACACUGACGACCUUCCUACUGGCAGCAAGUACCAGCAGAAGAAACAGAAGAAACAGGCUAAGAAACAGGCCAAGAACCAGAGACGUCAGCAGAAGCUAGUCCCCCUGGACAGCUACACACCUUCAGAGAACACCGCAGAGAGCCCAGUACCAGCAGAGGAGGGAGAGGAGACGGGAAAUAGUACCCAGGGAGAGGAGGAGGAGGAGGAGCCUCUGGUUGAGAGCCAAUCAUCAGAGACCGAGAGGUCCGAGACCGCUCCCUCAGAGCAGGACCAAGAGAAACCUCAGGGGGCAGGGCACACGGAGAAAGAGGAGGAGGAGGAGGAUUGUGAACCAGUGGCUGUGUCCCACAACCACUCCACUGUGAUGUCAGAAGAGCAGAGUCACCAGUCCCCUGAGGGGGUUGUAAAAAGAGACGGACACGAGGCUGAACAUAGAGGAGAGGAAGAGGAGGAGAAUGAUGAUGAUGGUGAUGCAGCCCAACCGUCUGGAGAUGAGGAAGACACCAAACUGACAGACAAGCUGGGUGAACUAUCUCUGAACGAAGCCUUCCUAGCCUCUGAGGACUCGGACCUGGAGCUGGGGUGCAGAGAUGGAGACAGAUCUGCUGAAACGGAAACGGAGACAAAGCUGGAGGGGAAGGAGUACACAGUCUCUCACCAGGAUCCUAAACUGGCCUUUCACACGCUGGCCACCAGGGCGGCGCCAGAGAACCAGGAGUGCUCUGUGGAGUCCUGUCUCUACCAGUUCACAGAGGUAGAGAACCUCACUCAGAACAACUCUCUUCUCUGUGUCACCUGCACCAAGAGACAGACCAAAAACAAGGCUGCUCCAAGAAGAAUGUACACAGAUGCUCUGAAGCAAAUGCUGAUCUCGUCUCCCCCUCCAGUGCUGACGCUUCACUUGAAGAGAUUCCAGCAGAUUGGAUACAGUGUGUGUAAGGUGAACAGCCACGUCAACUUCCCUCACAUUCUAGACGUAGCACCAUUCUGCUCUGUCAUAUGCAAGGGAGUGUCGGAGGGAGGCUCUCGGGUGCUUUACAGUCUGUAUGGUAUAGUAGAACACAGUGGGACUAUGAGAAGUGGCCAUUAUACAGCCUACGUCAAAGCUCGACCUUUCUGCCCCUCCACGACACACAACGGAGUGGGCACACAUGGUGAGCCAGAGCCGGUGAAAGGGGCGUGGUUCCACGUGAGUGACAGUAGUGUGCAGCCAGUCACGGAGAGCAAAGUGCAGAGCUCCCAAGCCUACCUCCUAUUCUACGAGAGGAUCUCCUAGACCUGCCUACGUCCCAACUUGUACCCUAUUUACCUACAUACUGUUGGCUGUGUUUACACGGGCAGCCCUGGUUCUGAUCUUUUGACAAUAAUUGGUCUUUUGACCGAUCAGAUCUUAUUCCAAUACUUGGGCAAAAGAUCAGAAUUGGGCUGGCUGUUUAAACGCAGCCGUAGUGCACUACUUUUGGCCAGAGCCUUAUUAUGCAGCCUUAUGAGGCUUUUCCCGGCCACAAUUAGUGCACUAUAAAUGCCCUAUUCCCUACAUAGUGCACUACUUGUGGCCUGAGACAUUGUACUGGUAUUGAUAUAAGCCAGAUGAAGUGCAGAGUGAAUACGAGUGGAGUAUUUUUUUUUUCUAUUUUUAAUAAUCAAUAUAAAGGGGUGGGUCUUAAAUUGAACCCUAUUCCCUAUGUGGUGCACUACUUUAGACCAGAACCCUAUUUGUCCUGUUCAAAAGCAGUGCACUAAAAUAGGGAAUAAAAUAAAAAAAAUGAGGGUGACAUUUGAGACCUUGACAAAGAUAAUUCAUUCAGAUCAUGACUGGGGAUGUCCCAAAACAAACAAUAUUUAGCUUGGAAGUUUUUUUUUCUGUUUUCAAUUAAUUAAUUGUAUCAGUAAUUGACAUAAAAAGAAUCCCAAGUAUUUUUUUUUACUGUGCAUAUGUGACUAUACAGUGUUUUCCUAAGAAAGAAAGAAGGGAGCACAGAGCAUUUUGUGCGUCCCAAAUUGCACCGUAUAUAAGGGCACUACAUUUUGAUCAGAGGUCUAAAUUGGAAAUCGGGUGCCAUUCAAAACGCCAGCCAUUCUAUUCCUCUUCGACAUGAAACCAUAGAAGAGUUUGUUGAUUGAUCUGUCUGAUUGCUUGGUGUGUUACACAGUAGAAGCAAAAUAAACCUGCCAAUAUCUUUUUUUAAAUUAUUAUUAUUGCUGCAAUAUGUGACCUUUUGGGCAGACCUGACCAAAUUCACAUAGGAGUGCAGUUAUAGAUCUGUCAUUCUUAUUAAAGCAAGUUUAAGAAUUGGCAGAUAUGUUCUAUGUGUUCUAUUUCUGAAAAUACAAUAUUUUUGGUUAUGGAAAAUAUGUUUCACAGAGGUUAAGAUGGUACAAUUAUUCUCUACACUAUUCUUGUUUAUUUUGUCACGAACUGUAAUUAGGAAAAUUAUUAUAAUUUUAGCAACCAGGAAAUGGCAAAUAUUUCUGCAUAGUGCUCAUUUAAAUUGUUAAAAACGAUCAGUGGAGGAAAAAAACGAUAAUUUUUAUGACAUUUUUAUUUGAGUACUUUUUAUAUUGUGUUGUCAAGAUGCAAAUUAAAAAGCUUGAAAUACAG